AGUCUAAACAAUAAACACACAUUCAAACGGAGUCGUUUUUGUACACCUGUGAUAUUUUGUGUUAUUAUGUAUGUGUCUAAAAGUACAACCUGUCAUUUUGUAGUAUGAAAUUGUUCGGUCCGGAUUCAUUAUCAUAACGGGGUCUUGCAAAGUACGAUUCAUUUCAUUAAAGACACACAACACUUCCUCGUUCUUCUCUGACUAAACAGCAACGACCGUCCAGCACUAUUCUUCUGCCGCCCGUGAACUUCAGGGUUUCUCACGAUAUCGGGAUCUGCAGCCAUGUGGAGCGAGAUUUCAUAUGAUCAGCAGCAAACACAUAAGGAGACUUUGAGAAACUCUGUGCUGAACUCAACUCUGCCCAAUUCUCUUUUGGGAGGUCUGCCUGUGCGAGAGGUGAUCCAGAAAGGCCACUACACGGCCCUCUCAGUGUGUGCGUAUGAGGACGACCACACAAGGGUUAACAGAGGAGAUCGGGAAGCUUUAUAGGAUGUCAUAUCUCGAGAGUUUUCUCCAGGAUCUGAAGGCCGUAGGCUGGUUCUUUAUGGUGGUGUUGGAAUGGGUAAGACUACAGCGGUAGAAAAGGUCAUUUGGGAUUGGACGACAGGUGCGCGCCUGCAACGUUACGCCCUCCUCAUGCGAGUGCCGGUUUGGGAGCUGGCCGCUCUUGGAGAGAAAGCAGAGAGUUUGCAGAACAUGUUGGGCUGCAUACACACUCACAUUUCCACAGAGACUCUCGCCGUCGCUCUACAGAGGCCUCAAUCUCUGCUUCUUGUGCUUGAUGGAUUGGAGCGAUUGCAGAACCUUCUAUGCACUCCAUUGUCUUCAUCUAGUCUUAUAUGUGAUGUACAACAAGAAGCGUCCGGCUCGGUCUUGCUGUGCAGUCUACUUCACGGAUCUCUGCUUGCUGAGGCUUCAGUGCUGAUCACCUCCCGAGAGCCAGUCGAGUCUUUGAGAUGUUUUGAGGUGGUCGGGUUCUCCCAGACCCAGAGGAGAACGUUCUUCCAGCAGUUCUUUGACGACAGAGGCCAAGCAGAGAGACUUUUUCGCCAAUGUGAGCAGGCGUUGGGAGUGUACGAGCAGUGUUUUCGUCCGGCCUUCUGCUGGACGCUUUGCAAUGUGUUUAAAACUAAUUUUGAGAAUAAAAACACCCCAUCUGAGACUCUUACUCACCUGCUCAGCGUUAUCACACACAUGCUCCUGCAGAAACAGAAGAUGCAUGCAGAACAAACCAGAGUGCUUGUGUCCAGUUUGGGAAAACUUACCAAUCCGGUUUGCUCCUGCAGCGACGUCACAUCCUGCGGCCUGCGUUCUUUUCUGCACAACCCCAUGCUUUCAGCUUUUUUGGGUAUCAAUGGUGAUCUCACUCACCCUGAUACCACAUUCUCCUUUCUGUCUCCAGUGAUGCAUGAGUUCUUAUUGGCCGCCUCCUUUUAUCUCGACCAAUCCGUGCAGGAGAUCUCAGACAAGCGCUCAGAUUUGUACUACACAUUUUUAGCAGGGCUGUCGGACUCGAUCCAGCGUAAACCAAUAGAAGACUCCAUGGGAAAGGUCGAUGAAAGCCGAAUAUCUGCGUUCUCUCAGUGGUUAAUGGGAAAUGUUUCUAGGGUGUUGCCAGAUGGUGAUGCAACGAAGCACUUUCGUGUUUUUCGGCUUCUGCAACAUGCACGUAACUCAUCUCUGGUCAAAGAAAGCAUUAGUAAGAGCCAGUGGAGGCCUGUUUGGUACAGCUCCAUGCAGGAGCCUGACUGCGCUGCGCUGUCAUAUGUAGUGAGUUGUAUGGGAGAGAUGGAGCAUAUGAACCUGUACAGAGCAGAACUAACAGACGAACACGUCGAGAGGCUUAUACCAGCGUUACGGCUGUCAAAAAGCAUUGGUCUGUCACAGAGUCGUCUCAGUUUGACUGCCAUCACCAACCUGUCAACAGCGCUGGCUGAGGGACGGACGAUAACGCUGGAUCUUUCACACUCCACACUGAAAAAAGAUUCGGUCAAAACCCUCUGCCAUGCACUCAUGCGCUCCACGCUGGAGUCGCUCAACUUGUGUGGAUGCUCAUUGACUACAGCUGAUUGUGAAGCUCUGGCUCAGAUGCUCUCUGGAGGCUCACGGCUGCGUGUGCUCAAUCUGUGUGGGAAUAAUCUGGAGGAUCAAGGCCUUAUUCACCUCAGCAGUGCCCUGGAAAACUGCAGACUACAGGAAAUCAAUCUGGAUUUAUGCUCACUGACGGUGGCAUCCAUGCCUGCGCUGUCUUCAGCUCUGAACAGCAGCUUUUCAGAGCUGAGGAAGCUAAGCCUGAGCCGGAACGCAGUGAUGGAUGAUGGGAUAGAGCUGAUCUCACGAGUGUUACAGAAAGGCCGCCUCAACACAUUGAAUGUGUCUGACUGUGAGUUGACUGGCUCCUGCUGCUCCUCUCUAGCAGCUGCCCUCCAAUCAGAAAACUGCCGUCUGACUGAGCUGGAUCUGUCCGUAAAUGAUCUUGGCCAAUCAGGAGCGAUGCAGAUAUGUGAAGUGCUGAUGACUCCUAAAUGCACACUGGAAAUACUGGAAAUGAGUAGAUGUGAGCUGACCAAGGAGGUGUUUCGAGCACUGGGGAGUAUUUUGACGUCUGGCGUGUCAAAGCUCGUCAGUCUCUCGGUAGGCCUGAACGAUGUGGGCGAAACUGCAGCCAAACACAUUUGGGAGGCGCUGAGACACAAACACUGCAAACUACAGCACCUGGAUCUGGAGAUGUUGUCGCUCACAGAUGCUUGCGUCGAGGAGUUAUGUGAAUCUGUUGCUGCCAGCAGCACUUUAUCAACUCUAAUUCUAAAGAACAACAUAAUGACCGACUCCUCCGUACCACGAUUGGUCAAAUUAAUGCUGGACCGUCCUCUAAUGACCGAGCUAAAUCUGAGGUAUAAUGACUUCAGUGAAGAUGUUUUUGAGUUGAUGGACACAUGCCAAAAUAUUGUUUAUUAGAGAAACAC